AUGUCUCAGAAUUUAAUAAAGCCGGGAUUUGAUGUGCUUGUCUUCGGGGAUGAAAAUGUUGGAAAAUCAGCGAUUUUGAAUAAAUACUGUGCUGGAGACUUUGAAAUUAAUUCAGAAAUUCAAAGAUUGGAAAGCAAAAAUUGUAAUGAGCGGCAUAAGAUAAUUCAAGCAAAUCAUGAAAAUAUGCAAGUUAGCCUUUGGGAAUAUCAAAACUGGGCUAUGCAUGGGAUGCUCCCUCUAUUCUUUGGAAAACCUUAUGCAAUAAUUUUUUGCUAUGAUGUUACGAACAGAAAAUCUUUUAAAAAUAUAUCAAAUUGGAUAUCUAAAUUCGACGAAAGGUUGAUUAAAAAUUUUACUGGAAUUUUAGUAGGAAAUAAAUCUGACUUACCAAGAGAAAGAGGAGUCUCUUAUAAUGAAGGCAAAAAAUUGGCAGAAAAAUUGGGACUAUUGUUUAUGGAGACAUCUGCUGAAUAUUCAAAAAAUAUUGAUGAAAUAUUCAAUAUUUUACUAAGAAUCCUAGCUUUAAAUUUCGAUAGAUAA